ACUCAUCACUUCGAAAAAUCGUUUCUUGUUUGUGUCGACCUGUAAUAAUCGCCUCCUUAUCUAAAACCCCCCCAAAAAAAUGUCUUGUGCUGCAAAACCCAUAUCAAUGGCCAACACUACUUUUCUAUUUUCAUCUUCUCCGGCCAUCUUCACCGGAAAAUCUCACCAACAUAUCGCCAUACCUUUAAAAGCAAUCAAAUUUAACAACUUGACUCUUUCUUUCACUUCUUUUUCUUUACAAAGAAAGCCCAUUUCAAGAAGCAUCACAACUUUUGUUUCUGCCCAAAAAGAAGAAGAAGAACUUGAUCAAGAUUUGAUCUUGGAAAAUGAAAUUCAAGAAAAUGAACCUGCCGUCGCCGCCGCCGCUGGAGGUGAGGAAGAGUAUACUGAGCCGCCGGAAGAUGCCAAGAUUUAUGUUGGGAAUUUACCUUAUGAUGUUGAUAGUGAGAAGUUAGCUCAUCUUUUUGAGGAAGCUGGAGUUGUUGAAAUUUCUGAGGUUAUAUAUAACAGGGAGACUGAUCAGAGUAGAGGUUUCGGGUUUGUGACAAUGAGUAGUGUUGAAGAAGCUGAGAAGGCUGUUGAAAUGUUUCAUAGUUAUGAAUUAGGAGGCAGGAAUUUGACGGUCAACAAGGCUGCUCCAAGAGGAUCAAGACCUGAGCGUGCAGAACGCACACCUUCUGGACCUUCAUACACAAUGUAUGUAGGGAACCUAUCAUGGGACAUGGAUGGUGAUCGUCUUGAGCAGGUUUUCAGUGAACAUGGGAAAGUGAUGAGUGCACGUAUUGUUUAUGAUAGAGAAAGUGGUCGAUCGCGUGGUUUUGGUUUUGUGUCAAUGUCAUCUGAAAGUGAAAUGAAUGAUGCUAUUGAGAAUCUUGACGGUCAGAGUGUGGGUGGGAGAGCAAUUAGAGUGAAUGUAGCAGAGGACAGACGGAAGCCUGGUUUCUGAUUACAAUGAAUUUGAUUAAUCUUUUCUCCUAGUGGUGUUUAUGUAUUUUUGCAAGAUUUAAAUUCGGUAAUGUUUAUUUUGUCUAGGACAUAGAGUGUAGAUGCCGAAAUAUCCUUUUGUCAAAUUGUGGAGCGAGUGAUAAAGCUUAAUUCGAAAAUUGAGUUCAGUUCA